UCCAGCACCACCGUAAGGAAUCUUGAUGUUAUCUUUGGUCAGGAUCUGUCUUUUAACUCCCACAUAAAACAAAUCUCAAGGACUGCCUUCUUUCAUCUACGUAACAUUGCAAAAAUAAGACACAUCCUGUCUCAAAAUGAUGCAGAAAAACUAGUCCAUGCAUUUGUUACUUCAAGGCUGGAUUACUGCAACUCAUUGUUAUCAGGUUGUCCCAAAAAGUCGCUUAAGACUCUUCAGUUGAUCCAAAAUGCAGUGGCACGUGUAUUGACAAGAACAAGGAAACAGGAUCAUAUUACUCCUGUAUUAGCUGCUCUGCACUGGCUCCCAGUAAAAUACAGAAUAGAAUUCAAAAUCCUUCUCCUGACUUACAAAGCAAUUAAUGGUCAGGCUCCAGCAUAUCUUAAAGAUCUCAUAGUACCUUAUAAACAAACUAGAGCAUUGUACUCCCAGAAUGCAGGGUUACUUGCUGAUGGUGGACCCCAGGAGCGAACAAAACUCCCUCCAGAAUAUGGACGGGAACUGGGGUCCUCGGUCGGAGACCACAUCGGUAGGGAGUCCAUGGAGUCGAAAGACAUGCAGCAGAACCAGUUCCGCAGUCUCCUUGGCCGACGGGAGCUUGGGCAGCGACACGAAGUGGGCCAUUUUGCUGAACCGGUCAACUAUAGUCAGGAUGGUGGUAUGACCAUUGGACAUAGGCAGGCCGGUUACAAAGUCUAG